GUGACGCACUGAGUGGCGGCUCGGUCACAAAGCGGAUUGAAAGACCGGGGCAGAGUGCUAGUCCCGUCAGCGAAAUUGAAGAUUUCACAUUCCCGAAAUAAUCGGAACCGAAACACUUCCUAGCCUUUCGCAUUCUCCGUUUCUGUCCUCUCUGGCGGUCCUUGUUUGCAGAUGUCGAUUUAGAGACCAAAAAAAAACCUGUUGCGUUCGACCAUGUUUGCCAAACUGAAAGACCGUUUUGAGAAGUUUCUGAACGAGAAGAACUUUGUAACCGACUGCCUGGGGAAGAUCGAGGAGAAAACCGGAAUUAAGAAACGUUACCUGGCGACAGGUACAGUCUCCUUCACUGGCCUGUAUUUGAUUUUUGGCUAUGGAGCCUCCUUGCUCUGCAAUUUAAUAGGAUUUGUGUAUCCGGCUUAUUUCUCGAUCAAGGCCAUCGAGAGCGCUAACAAGGAGGACGACACGAAGUGGCUGACGUACUGGGUGGUGUACGGCAUCUUCAGCGUGGCGGAGUUCUUCUCUGACAUCUUUCUCUACUGGUUUCCCUUUUACUACGCAUUAAAGUGCAUCUUCCUGCUGUGGUGCAUGGCCCCAGUGAGCUGGAACGGGUCGCAGAUCUUGUACACGCGUCUCGUCCGCCCAUUCUUCCUCAAGCACCAGGCCUCCGUGGACAGUGUGGUCAACGACCUGAGUGGGAAGGCCAUCAACGCGGCGGAGAACGUCACCCGCGAAGUCCUGCACACACUGGUACAAAGCAAGACCCUUCUGCCCCCGGAGGCAGGCCCUAAAGAGCUGCCCAGCACGUCUCCUGAUCUGUCUGUAGACUGAGCAGCCUCCAAGCUAGCCGUUGAUCAUGUGCUCAACCAUGAGAAGUCCCAGUGAUUUGGUGAAGAGGUACACGUCCGCUCCCACUGCUUGAACCAGGAGACUCCAGCUCCUCUUAACCGACUGAUCUGCUCCCAUGUUACCCCCCCUGUGGUAGAAGGAAAAUGCCAUCUGAACAAGAAAGGCCGGCUGACCCACGAGUAUGAGUGCCAUCUGAAAGAAGACAAACCCUCCAUUGGCACCGUGCUUUAAAGCACUGUGUACCACUGCAUGAAGCUCACCAGGGCUGAUACUGUACAUGUAUGGAGAUAUUCACUUUUGUGCUGGCUUUUAGAAUAAAAUAGUUGUGCUUCCAGUCAAGACCGACGCCUCCUGCUUGCAAUACCCAAGCAAUUUUUAAGUUGAGUUUUUUUCAUGCAUUUUCCAUUGUUUUGGACAGAGCCUUACACCUGCCAUUCCUUUUUGUUCUUGUUUGUUUCUUGUAAUAUCGUAUCAAACCACACACAAGUCCUCUGCAAGGAACACAAAUGCUGACUGGUGCUGUAUCGGCUCUCCUGCGGAUUAGAGGAUAAAAUCGCACGUAAAAUCAGGGCUGACUGCUGUGGUGAGGAUGAGCUCAUGGUUGCUAGGAACAAUUAGAAUUGAAGUGACUGAAAUCUGGAAAGGCUCAGGUUCAGUCUUGCUAUCGACUAAGUAGGAGGUGGGGGGACAUUCUGCAAUGAAUCACUUCACUUAAGUUUGAUUGAAGAACCACACUUGUUCAAUGUGUAUCAAGGUUGAAUACAAUGGGUGGAAAAUUAUGGAGCAGGAUACUUUUGUGUUGAGUUUUGUUGAAUUUUCAUUCCCAUCUUAUGUCCAGGACUGGGUUUCUUUCUCCCUCCGUGACCGUGAUGGCAGCUGAGUGAGAUACGUGAGCUCUUUCUGAAGUUCACGAUAGCUGUGUGUCUGUUCAUAUUUCAGCUUCGCUUCUCUAGUUGAGGACUAUUGUCAAAACAGCCACAACAACUGUCAGUCAUAAAUCACAAUAGUAUUUUAAAUGAUUGAUUUUUUUUAUCAUACUCGAAGGCAUUUUCAAUCAGAGCUUCACUUAUGUACUUAUUAUCGGGGGGGGGAGGAGGUAAUUUCUUCUUUGUACAUGUGAAUUUUGUCUUUUUUAAAAUUUCUAUCAAUAAACCUGUGAACAACUGAA